AAGCGGCGAUGCCCGGAGGAACGAGUAUUUUAAAAACAAAAAAAUAACAACCAACACCAAUCCCUGUUGCCUUCUUUUUAUACAGCGCGAAGGGACAGCCACGACUAUGUCCGCCCAAGCUCAAAUGAGAGCUUUGCUCGACCAGCUCAUGGGAACAGCGAGGGAUGGUUCAGUGUAUCUUUGCCAGCCUACAUCAAUCUGCAAAGGAGUUGCAGAAAAGCCUCAUGUUCAUCGAGCCGUGAGUCACACAUAAUUUUUAAAGCUGUUAUGAUGAAUAUCCAAGCAGUACAUGUUUGCCUUUCGGAAGUAAGUGUAGCCUGUUUUUUUUUUUAAUUUUAAGACAUACACAUUGGUAAUUUCUUGAAUGGCAAAUACAAUUUGGAGUAGUGCUAAGCUGCUUGAGCUAAGACGCCUGGUCGCGCUGAAUGAACACAAGACACAUCUCAGCAUACUAGUCUUUUUCUUUUUUUUUCCUACAGGCAAUUUUCAGACGAGACAAACACUUACACACAUAAUUUUCGAUCUGACUCUUGUAUGACUCCCAACUUCUUACCACAGGUUUGGCAGGAAAACUGUUCCCAUUUUUACUUUCCCACAGCGGGUUUAAAAUUCUGCAGCUGAGGGCUUGAAGAUGCAGAAGGGUACAGUAUGUGGUGGAGAUCGCAGUGUGUAUAAACCUACUUUUGCUUUUUUUUUUUUUUUGUCAAUGUAUCAUGUCUGUAAAUGGCUUGGCUGGAACAAAUGAUGACACCUAUGUGUUGAAAUGUUAUGUGUAAAAAAAAAAAAAAUUAAGCCCAUUUGCACACGUACCUGUAUCUCAGGCGCUAUACGGGAAGGUGGACAUUCAUCCAUAAAACAAGACAAACCGACAGUUGAGGCUCUGUUAGUGUUGUAUUGACAUUGAGGCCCGGGUAAGUUUGCCACCAGAAAUAGCAGCAAGCAUCAUACAAUGAGGCCAUGCAGAGCCUUCAGCUUCUCACUUACACAGAGAGGCAGUUCAUCUAGUAAAGUUCUUUUCACAUGCUAAUGACCAACAAGAUUUUUUUUUUUAACAAUGGGCUCAAAUUGUUUGAAUGCAGUUAUUGUGACACAUAUACGACACAAUCAUGUAUUAUGCAGUGGCAGUCAGAUAUGUCAAAAGUCUGACACCCCACUGACAAAUAUGUCUAAUUGGAUGUCUUUUUGGACUAUUUCAGGGGAUGAAACGCGGCAGAGGGUCAAAUUUACGGAUGACAGAGUCUGCAAAAGCCACCUGCUCAACUGCUGUCCACACGACAUUUUGUCGGGAACUCGCAUGGACCUGGGAGAGUGCACCAAGAUUCAUGACCUGGCACUCCGAGCCGACUAUGAAAUCGCCUCGAAGGAGAAAGACUUGUUUUUUGAGCUUGAUGCGGUGGAUCACUUGGAGUCGUUUAUCGCCGACUGUGACCGCAGGACAGAGCUGGCGAAGAAACGCCUAGCAGAGACCCAAGAAGAGAUAAGUGCUGAAGUGGCAGCAAAGGCAGAGAAGGUCCAUGAGCUGAACGAGGAAAUCGGGAAGCUCCUUGCAAAGGCGGAACAACUCGGAGCCGAGGGCAACGUGGACGAAUCUCAGAAGGUUCUGCAGGAAGUGGAGAAGGUCCGCAGUCGGAAGAAGGAUGCAGAGGAGGAGUACAGAAACUCUAUGCCCGCCUCCAGUUUCCAGCAGCAGAAAUUGCGCGUUUGUGAGGUGUGCUCUGCUUAUCUGGGUCUCCACGAUAACGAUCGCCGUUUGGCUGAUCAUUUCGGGGGAAAGCUCCACCUCGGCUUCAUCCAAAUCAGAGAGAAACUGGACCAACUAAAGAAAACUGUUGUGGACAAGCAGGAGAAACGCAACCAGGAGCGCCUGAAGAGACGGGAAGAAAGGGAGAAAGAGGAAAAGAUGAAAAAAAGGACGAGGUCCCGCAGCAGAGAGCAUAAAAGGUCUCGUUCUCGUGACCGAAGGAGGCGCCGCUCACGUUCCUCAUCGCGAGACAAACGCCGCUCACGAUCCCGUUCCCGGGAGAGGAAGAGGCGACAUCGCAGCCGGUCCGGCUCCCGCAGCCGAGGACACCGUCACAGCCACGAGCAGAGCUCCAGACACAAGUCAUCCAAAGACCGCGAGCGCUCAUCCAGAGACAAGUCACGGGAGCGCGAUCGGCGGGACGGCAUGAACGGCAGGUCGGACUCUCGCAGGGCAGACGACAGAGAAAACCUGUGAGGUCCCAUUGUCCCAUUUAUCCUCACCACACACACACACACACACACACCAUGCACACCCCUGUGUGUCCUUCACCCAUUUGUCCAUUUACCAGCCACAAAAUAUUCCUUAUAGUCCUCCAUAGACUUUUCUUCUUUUCUUUUGCUUUUAUUUGACAUGAAUAUUGUAUGAAGCCACCUCUCAUCAGCCUGGUUGCAGUAACCACCUCUACCACCUCUACGGUUGGGUGGACUUUCUUUAUCCACUAAUCAGUAACGUCAAUAGAGAAACAUUAUUCGGUGUGCUUUUUUAAAAAUUGUUUAUUAUACAGAAUACUACUUACAUUUGGAGUGUCUCGAGUAUGAAAGACACUAUCCCCCGGUAGAUCACAUAUCUUACUUUUUUUUUUUUUUUUAACUUUCUGUACUCUGCUUGAUCAAUGCCCUUUCAAAAGUCUUAGGAGCCCUGAUAAGAAGUGAUUUAAAGUCUCAGCAUGUCGGGUAUAUUUUCUCUUUCAGUCAAGUCUGAUUUUAUGUCGCCGGUCAGUAGCCACGGCCGUUUCUGUGGAGGGGUGUUUGUCUAGUUUAAAGAUCAUUUGUUGGAACUGUUUCCGAGUGUUUUAUCAUGUUUUGUAAGUUGAUUUAAAAUAGAUACAACUGUCGACCUUUAUAAGAUUUGAGUUGACAUGUGAAGCAGAAAGUGAAGAUUGUCGGACGCACUAGACUGAACUGCUUUGUAAUGAAUUGCAAACAGAUUGUAAAAGGUGCAUUGCUUUACAUAUAAUGUGUGGGUGUCAUCUUGUUGCGCUCUGAUCCAUUGGGGGGGAGAAAAAAAGUAAAUUAAACCACAUUAAAGUCUUUAUUGCA